UUACAAUGUGUCAAAAUAAAAAAAAAUGAAGAGCGUCAAAUCGUCAAUAAAUAUUCCACGUUAUAUCUAAAUAAUUUCUAAUUCAGCUUACAGAACAGUUAAAAAUGCUAAAUCCACCAGUGUAGUGUGAUAGUUUUACAUUGACUCUAUAAGUUUUAAUAGCGCGUGUGCCCAGUGAGAUAUAACCAAAAAUGACAAGGUCGCCGAAGGAUGAUCCGCGAUACAAUGACAUGCAGCACAACGCUUGGAAUUACCGUGCAGAAACAGCUGAAAGCUGUGCACCUGGUAUGUUAAAUGAAAGAAAACAAGUGCCGCUUUCAUCCAACACGCCUACAAUGAAUGAUAACAGUAUGUACGCUAACGGCGAUUUUACGAACGAUGUUUAUUUGAACAAGCAUCCUUACAACGUGCAGGCGGGUGAAACCGGGGCCAGCCAAGAUGAAAACAUGUUGCUUAACAACAUGCCUAAUGCAGCUCGCGUUAACAAUCAGAAUUAUGGAACCGCCAUGCUUAAAUUAGCCAAUGGGCAAGUAGUCAGGUUCUUUUAUGACGAAAAUACUCAACAACUAUACUUCCCCAUGUCAGGACAGUACGAGUUAUUCAACCACAAUCAGGGGCUGCGUGAAAUGCCUCUGCAGGCUCCUCAGCAGCCCCCAAUGUUUACUCCAAACCAGGAAUACUCCAUCAACAAUAACAAUGUUCAGAUGCAAGCACCAACCACUACCACCCACAAUAAUUACAUACAAGAAAACCUCAAUAAUCAAACCUCUGCCAUGCCUACCUCCAACUUCUUGAAGGAAGUUUUAGGAAACUGGGAGCCUAAUUCCUCUGGUACUUACUCUCCCUUUGGACAAAACUAUCCAUUGACCCAUCCUGAUGUGCCACCUAACGUUCUUCCAAAAAAGCCAAUGGAAUCUCCAGUAAGUCAUAUAAAGCCUGAGAAUUCUCCAAAAAGAAAUGAAAACAGUCCUUUAGCAGACACAAGUAACAAAAAACGUAUUGUGGCCGAAGUGAAACCAAUGCGUCCAACAUAUUCUGAUGUGUUAGCUAAAAACAAGAAUAAUACCCAACCAGAUGCUACUAAGGCUAAACCACAAAAUAAUAUAGAAAUUAAGACCUCCAGCAACAAAAACAGCUCCAAGCCUGAUAAACCGUCAAACCCGAAACAUACUGAUGAGAGUAAGCAAAAAGAGAAAAAACAGCAAGCAAACACUAUAUCUUCCGGCAGUGAGUCUGGAGAUAUAAAUAAUGAAGACAUUGAAAAACGUCAAAAACCCAGUAAAAAAUCCAAGAAUAAGCGUAAUAAUAUGUCUCGUAAAUGGUCCUCUCUUGAUGACAUCACUAACGAAGAAGAUAUCAGCUACACUGAAGGCAGUGAAAGUCAAUUUGUUUUCAUUCAAAACCAAGAAAAACCGAAGAAAGACAGGAAAGUUAAUGAUAGGGCUAAAAAUUCUGACAAGAAUGCCGCAGCAGAGGGUGAUUUCCAAGCUGAUGAAGAAGAACAGUCUCAGUUCGUCUUUCAAGAUAACCACAUUGACAGUGCCAAGACUCGGAAGAAAAAAGAAGCUCGUAUUAACCAUAAAAUGGCAAAACCGGUACAGGAUAAAAAGAAAACCACCCAGGCAAAGUUUAAGAGGAACAAGCCUGGGUAUUUAGGCCUGGCUCAGAACUACCUGGAGCAUUGGGGAGAGGCUACCUGGAAGGCGAUUGUAUGGUUCUUCUACCUGCUGUCAGAUAUAUGCGGAAUGAGUGCUCACUUGUUGUUUGAUCUUUGUACCUCGAUGUUCACGCAAACGUACGUGAGUUCCCAAGCGGUGUGGCGAAGCAGCAAAGAGUGGCUUUACAAGAUCGGGGGCAACAAGUACCUGGUCUACAUCGAUAGAAAAUUUGGACACACCAGAUUCGGCUUUUGGAGGAAAAUUAAAUGGUUCAAGAAAGACGCCGAGGUGGAUAGCGACUCGAGCAAGCUCAACUCCAAUAUACCACUACCGGCGACGGGCGAGGAGGCAAUGAAACGGCUGUUGGCUUGCAAGGGGAAAGAUCCGUACAGCAUAUUGGGCGUGAGUGUAACAUGCACGGACGAGGAGAUCAAGCGGUAUUACCGGCGACAGGCGUUCCUCGUGCACCCGGACAAGAACCAGCAGCCGGGCGCCGAGGAGGCCUUCAAGAUACUCCAGCACGCGUUCGACCUUAUAGGAGAACCGGAACGGCGCGAAGCGUACGAAAGACGAGCGCUAGAAUCGCGCCACGUGGAGGCGGCGUGGAGCGAGCUCAGUCAGUUAUUAGCGCAGUUGCAGGACAAAAUGGAGUUUGCACACAACACUAUCAGAUGCACCAACUGCGGGCGGCGGCACAAGCGCGUGCUGACGGACCGGCCGUGCUACGCGGCCCGCUACUGCGUGCAGUGCAAGAUACGCCACUCCGCCAAAGAGGGCGACAUCUGGGCGGAGUCCAGCAUGAUGGGGCUGCUCGUGAUGUACUACGCGUGUAUGGACGGCGCCGUCUAUCAGAUCACGCAGUGGGCCAGUUGCCAGAAAAAGAACUUAAAGCAGUUAAGGCCCGACUGCCACGUGGUGCAGUACCGCAUCGUGCUGGGGAACAAGGCCGCCGCCGCCUCCGAUCUCAACCAGAGACCUUCCACUGGACAUGAUCCUAACCUGGAAGAGUUUCUAAACAAUCUAUACAGCAAGUCAGGAGUAUCUCCGAACACUACCGCUAAGCAGCCAACGCCAGAAACUUCCGACGCCAAGAAGAGACGUAAUAAAAAACCCAAAGCUUAAACGAGGCUUUCUUAACUAAACCGUGCCCCAUAAAGAACCUUAAAAACAAU